AUGGCCACUGACGUGAGAAUCGCCCAAGCAAUAGGGACGCUUGGCUGCACAGCGGCAGCAAUAUAUCAAGGCGGCAUUGCUACGUUGUCAAUUAUGAGUAUUCCAAAUCUCAUACUUCCAGCUCGUCGCCCACCCAGCGCGACACUGCCAUUCCAUGAUACCCCAGGGACGUCGACCGCCCACUUGACACAUCAGUGGUUUGAUCUGUAUAAUCGUGGCAGCAGGAUUUUCCCCGGUAUAUCCGCGGCAUCUUCACUAGCAAAUCUCUAUGCGCUUUGGGCAUUGCGGGACUCCCCUACCCCUGCUCCCGAUAUCUUUGGGUCCAGCUGGUCCACAUGCUACCUGCUUGCUGUCGGAUUUACGCUGGGCAUUGCACCUUUUACGGGUAUUUUUAUGCAGAAGACGAAUGCCAAACUGAUGGCUCAUGCAAAGCGCGAUGAUGCGGCCAUGGCCGAGGGCACCGAGGACAUGGUGCUCAGUUCGCAGGAGAAGGCGAAGCGGGCUAGGGAGGAUAGCGAGGUGAUUGAGCUUUUGCAGCAUUGGUCGCAGUUGAACUUGAUCAGGGCCGUGCUCCCACUUGUUGGGGCUGGCAUUGGAUUCUAUGCUGCUGUCUCCAGCUGGAUUAUUCCUUGA